UAUAUCCUAUAAUUUGCAAAACCAACCAGAGUGUGGGGAGAUAUAUCUAAUCUAACUAUGACAAAAUCUAUUAUCAAAAUAUGGAUUCUUAAUUUGAUUAGUAUCUUGUUUGUCAUGCUUUCUUUGACUCAUGGGAGACCAAUUAAUCCUGAGUUUAGAGUGAAAGCAGUUAAUCUUGGUGGUUGGUUGGUUACUGAAGGUUGGAUGAAACCUUCUCUGUUUGAUGCCAUUCCAAAUAAAGACUUCUUGGAUGGAACUGGUCUUCAGUUCAAAUCAGUGACAACGGGGAAGUAUCUAUGUGCAGAGUCCGGAGGAGGAACUAUCCUUGUUGCAAACCGCACAACUGCUUCAAGUUGGGAAACAUUUAGAUUGUGGAGAAUAAAUAAGGAAACUUUCAGAUUCAGAGUGUUUAACAAACAGUUUGUGGAGUUAGAUGAUAUCAACGUUGUUGCCGUUACCAAUUCUUCAACUGAUUCUGUAACUUUCCAUAUUCUUAAGGAAAAUGACAAUUCUACGCUUGUUCGAAUCAAAGCAUCCAACGGAUACUUCUUACGAGCAAAAACAGAGGAGUUGGUGACAGCUGAUGUUUCGAAGGUUAGAGGAUGGAGAGAUGAUGAUCCAACUGUUUUUGAAAUGACCAUUGCUGUAAGAUUACAAGGCGAUUUCCAAAUAACAAAUGGCUAUGGGUCUAGAAAGGCUGCACAGGUUAUGAAGGACCAUUGGAGCAGUUUUAUAAUUGAAGAUGAUUUCAAGUUCAUAGCCAGUAAUGGACUAAAUGCAGUUAGAAUUCCUGUUGGUUGGUGGAUAGCAAGUGACCCAACUCCACCGUGGCCUUAUGUUGGAGGUUCCUUGCACUCACUAGACAAUGCUUUCUUAUGGGCACAUAAAUAUGGAAUAAAAAUCAUUAUUGAUCUUCAUGCUGCUCCUGGCUCUCAAAACGGCUUUCAACAUAGUUCUUCAAGAGAUGGAUCACAAGAAUGGGGAAAAUCAGAUGAAAACAUCGAACAAACUGUCGAUGUUAUAAGCUUCCUAACUGCAAGGUAUGUAAAAAACCCAAGCCUAUAUGCAAUUGAGCUCAUAAAUGAGCCCUUAUCUCCAGGUGUGACAUUAGAGAGCUUGAACAAGUACUACAAGGCUGGUUAUGAUGCAGUGCGUAAACAUUCCAGCACUACUUAUGUGGUAAUGUCAAAUAGGCUAGGACCCUCAGAGCCCAAAGAACUAUUUCCUCUUGCCAAUGGCCUUAUGAGAUGUGUCAUUGAUGUCCACUACUACAACAUUUUUAAUGAUUUGUUUGAAAACAUGACUGCCCAACAAAACAUUGAUUUUAUUUACAACAAUCGCUCAUCAGAGUUGAAUUUUAUUACAACAUCAAAUGGUCCUCUUACUUUUGUUGGUGAAUGGGUUUCUGAUUGGCGAGUUAAAGAGGCUACAAAAGAAGACUUUCAAAGAUUUGGUAAGUCCCAAAUAGACGUUUUCGGUCGAGCGACAUUUGGUUGGGCUUACUGGGCUUUUAAGAAUGCAAACCAACAUUGGAGUCUUGAGUGGAUGAUUAAUAAUGGUUAUAUCAUGCUUUAGAAAGUUGUAUUUAUAUGUCCUAUAAAAAUAAAGUUUGCUUCAUCUUAGUCUUGUGAACUCUACUUCAGUCUUCAGUGUUUGUUUCUUUGUGACAAUAUUGAUUAUACAUCUGUUAAAUUUUAGAGAAUUUAUGUUCUUCA